CGCCCCAAGAUGGCGGAGUACGUGCAAGUGCUGAAGCGGGCGCUGAAGCACCUCGGCGGCCACGGCGGCGUCCGCGGCGCCCUAUGGCAGCUGCUGAGGGUCAAUGAUUUGAAGACUGGUACGCUGAUAGGAAUUGACAAAUAUGGAAACAAAUACUAUGAAGACAGAAGAAACUUCUUUGGUCGACACAGAUGGGUCAUCUAUACUAAUGAAAUGAAUGGCAAAAAUACAUUUUGGGAAGUUGAUGGAAGUAUGGUGCCCCCUGAAUGGCAUCGCUGGCUUCACUCAAUGACGGAUGACCCUCCCACUACUCAUCCACCAGUUGCACGUAAAUUUAUCUGGGAGAACCAUAAAUUCAAUCUGAGUGGCACUCCCGGACAGUAUGUACCUUACUCUACUACUCGCAAGAAGAUACAAGAGUGGAUCCCACCUACAACAGCUAGCAAAUAACUACAACAAAAAUGUGACUUGCCUCAGCUUUGGCUUUCAGUGUAAAUCAUGUUUUCACUGGUUUUGUUAAAAAUAAAAGCCUCCUAUAACA